GUGCAGGUAUUAUCAGGUAACGUGUCUGUGAUAAACAAUGGGGGUAGGGAGAGAGAUAUGAAGAUGAUGCCCGAAUGGAUCAAUGGCUUCUGCAGCACCUGCACCGAGAGCCCCAUCUCAUCAUAGCAGAAUGUUUGCGUCAAGUUUUCUCGGAAUAUGGGCUCAUCUCCUUCUCUUUUCUCCGGUGGCCUUUGGUACAGAUUUUCGCUCUGCCUUCUCUGUCGCCCGUACGACCAGUAUGGAAGGGGGGCCUGAAAUGGUUAUCACUUUUGACAAAGUGAAUGUAAAUAUUGGAGGAGAUUUUGACCCCAAACAAGGUAUUUUCAGAUGCCGUAUUCCAGGAGCAUAUUAUUUCUCCUUCACCGUUGGAAAGUUCCCUAAGAAAAACCUUUCAGUCAUGUUGAUGAAGAACAAGAAUGAAGUUCAGGUCAUUGUCUAUGAUGAGCAUCACCACAAAGAGAGAAAAGUUGCCAGUCAGAGUGCAAUGUUGCAGCUUGACUAUGGAGACACGGUUUGGCUUCGGCUUCAUGGUGACCCUAAAUAUGCACUCUACAGCAAUGUUGGACCUUAUACAACCUUCAAUGGCUAUUUGAUCUACCCUGACACAUCCUAUUAUUUCCAGAGUGGCAAUGAUGGCUACAAAGUGCAAAACUCACAAAACUCAAUUACAUCUACAGAAGGCUCCUCAGAACAGAAUGAAGUAUACAAAAAGUACACAGUGAGUGGCGACCAACCCAUUAACACAGACCCUAGGUCGGCUUUUUCAGUUGCCCGAACCGAAAGUCUUGUUGGGUCAGAGGACAAUAAGGUUCAGCAUCAAGCAAUCAUCUUCGACACUGAGUUUGUUAACAUUGGGAAAGACUUCAACCUAUCCUCUGGAGAAUUUCAUUGUCGCUUGGCUGGAGCAUAUUACUUUUCUUUUACCAUAGGGAAAAUGCCUUAUAAAACCAUGUCUGUCAAGUUGAUGAAGAACCAGAAUGAAGUCCAGGCCAUGAUUUAUGAUGACAGCCACUCUAAAAAACGUGAAAUGCAGAGCCAAAGUGUGAUGCUGUCAAUACAACCUGGAGACACAGUUUGGCUCUAUAGCCAUGCACACGAUGGCUACGGGGCCUACAGCAAUCAUGGAAAAUAUAUUACUUUCACUGGAUUCCUGAUUUAUCCUGAGAUACCCUCAAAGCAAAAUAUAGAAACAAACCCUAAACCAGAAAUAAUUACUAAGAUUUGAUAGGUACCACGAUGGGUACAAUAACAGUGCCAGACUAUGACCAGUAUACGAGGCUGAAUUAAAAAAUGGGUGGCCUAGGCACACAUGGUGCCACAGAGACAAAAAGCACAUACUAUUGAGUUAUAUUCACCCAAAUGUCACUCAUAAUUUUGUUUGUAGCACUGCUCAGUGUAAUAGGAUAGCACAUACUGAAGCACAUGUCACCUAUAUUUUCUUAAACAUUGACCUUACGAAUGCAUACAGUUUUAAAUAACCACCAGCAAGGGAUUACUCAAAUAGGUUCACUCCUUAGGGUACAGUAAACAGGUGUGAAUGUUAUUAGCCAACCAGGACCUCGAAUUUAGUAGAAGUUAGGUAGAUGUGACACAAUAUAUUGGACCAGAUAUUCUGACCAUUUAGGGUCAUCUUAAGUGCUCACAGUAAGCAUUUCCUACAACUAGAAGUACCUUUUAUUGUCAUCCUUAAUUAGACAAUGGCUUCCUCUUCUAACAUACUAUUUGAUGAAAGUACUAACAAAAACAGGCAAAUUGUGUAUCCUAAAAGGUAUGAGCUGUAGAAACAUAAGUCCUUUUUACAUCUGGCAGUUAUGGCCACCUUUAAGUGGACAUGUGGUCAACUCCCCGAAAAUAAGAUUGCAUUCUGAUGUAAUAAUGUAGGGUGCCCUGAUGACACACCUUUUUACAGUUUCUUGAUAUGCUGGUUUAUAGCUCGAGGUACGAGGGUUUAUAAUUGUCUGACAAUUCAGGGAAUCAGUCAGAUGUGCGGGAACUUAAUGUUAAUAAUGGGAGUGACUAUCUGGUAAUAGGUGACAUUAUACACUCUGGGGAUGUUUAUAAAGCAUUCACACACCCCUGACUGUGUAACCCUGCCCAUCAUCUGACAUCUGACUGAUUCCCUGAAUUGUCAGACAAACUAUACACCCUCAUAUCUCAGGAAUGGGAGGGCUUAUGUAGGUGAAAUUGUAAAUAGAUGUGAGAUCAGAGCACCCUAAGCUAUUUUAUGACAGUAAAAUCUAAAUUUUUGGGGGUGAGGGGGGGGGUCACUUGUCAUUGUCCCCUCUUUAACAUGCAAAUUUUGAAGUGUCAAUGGGAACCCUCAGCUAUCUCCCAACAUGCCAGCCACAUUUACUUAAAAGGGGUAUAGAAAUGGUAAAAUGGCAAUGAUCCUUUAAAGAGUCAUACUUUAAAGGGUCCAGAAAACUUAGUUGGCUGGGUGCAUCAGUGUGUAGCUGCUUUUGCGGUCACUGUGCCUGCCUUAUAAGAUGGAAGAUGCACUGCAUCCACCAGUAUUUUUUUUCCCACCUAAUAACAUAUUGGCUCUGCAUGGUUACUUUUUCUUAUCUGACUUAGCACAAUUUUCUAUUUUAUGGAACUAAUCUCUUGUAAACAGAGUUCCAUCUAUGUCCUAGUGGAGAAACCCAACAAACAAUAUAUUUGUAUCUCAGCUUCCUAUUUUUGGCAUCUGUUUCCUCCCCCCCCCCCCCCUCCUUUUUUUUUUUUUUUAAAGAUAAGUAAGUAUGACAUAUUGCUAGGAUAUGCCAUAAUUUACAAAUUGGUUGGGAAAUGGCUACCAAGACACAGACAUGUCCCCAGAAUGGACAACAGCAUUAGUUGUCCAACAACAGCGCCACAACUUUCAGGUUUUUUGUGGUAUUGCAACUCUGACCCAUUUUCUUUAAAAAGAGUACCUGCCACCAAGUAAAGAGGUAUUAUGGGAGAUCAAAACCUGUGCGGAGCAGAGAGGGAGAGUGGUGGUUGCCCACAGCAACCAGACUUUUUCAUUUUUAGAGAGGCCUGGGAAAAAUGAAAGACGCAAUCUGAUUGGUUGCUAUGGGCAACUGCACCACUCUUCCUCUAGACAUGGAGCGAUAGAUAUGCAAAGCCGCGCUCAUGUCCGCCCCACCAGCACUUCCGGAGUUCGGACUUGUGCCAGUCCAGAACAAGUCCGAGGGCUAUGCAGGGCCUGCUGAAUGCUACAGAACAGAGACCCCUAGUGGCCAAUUUUUCAAAGAUAAAAAACUGAUGGAAAGAUUGAUUUUUUUUUAAAGAUAUAUGGCAAAUAGGCAUAACAUUAAAUAAGGAAUAACAUAGCAAAAGUUUUACUUAAUGACAGGUACUCUUUAAUUGAGCUUACCUGCAAUACUAAACACAAUUACCAAUGGACAUGUGUGGUGCUAUUCUAUAAAAAAGUAAUUUUCUAAUCCUGGCCAACCCCAUCAAGCACUGUUUGUGCAGGUAACUUCAACGCAGCCCCAUUCACCUAAACAAAGUAGCACUACAAUUCUCUGCACAGCCAGACCACAACUGUAGAGGGGGAACUUCUCAAGAGACCUCCAGCAAUCAGAAUGUUAUUUCCCACAAAUAUUAAAAUACAGGAAGACCCGCUUUAAAAGGAGUAGUCCAGUCUAAAGGAUAGGGAAUAAGUGUCAGAUCGUGGUUGGGCCGGCCGCCGGGACCCCCUGCAAUCUCCUGCCUGGCACCCCGGCUCUCCACAUGCACACAGCAGUGUCUACCACCGCACAAAGCAGUGGUCAAUACGCCCCCCAGUCAGCUCUAUGACAGAGCCAGAGAUACAUGAGUACAGAGAUUCAUCUCUCCUGGAGAGAUACAUGGAGGGCGUGUGCCUACCCCUUCUCCGUGCAUGGGGAAAGCCAGGGCACCGUGCAGAUUGACAGGCGAUCUGACACUUAUCCCCUAUCCUUUGGAUAGGGGAUACAUUUUGCAAAACUAGAUAACCCCUUUAAGUAUAGUAACACCUAAAUAUUUUCUAUUUUUUUGUGUGGAGUUCUGCUUUAAAUCCACUCUGCUUGCAACUAUGUGUUGAUAGAAUCUGUUAGACAUUGGUCUUUAUCUCCAUUUACGAGACUGUUAUUUGCACCGUUCAUCUAUGUGUCAGUGAGCAUGUGUAAAACCUGUGUUCUGCAUGAGUGGAAUGGUGAAUCUACUUUAUGUCCAUAGUCAUCUUAUUGAAAUAAGGAAUGCAAUGGAAAGAAGGUCCUCCUGACACAUGGUAGGUGUAAGAUACACUGAAGCAAUGCAGAACAUUCUAUACAUGUAAUACUAGGGGAACAAGAGAAUAAAAUCAUUUUCUAUUUCC